AUUAUGUCAGGUGCAUAUUGCUGGUGUUGGUGAUUUUCCUUUAGCUAGCGUUACAAGCUUAACUGAUCCUUUCGCGUUGCCGUCUGUUGAUACCAAUAAUCUGAAGACAAACACAGACGAGGUCAGCGAUUUUGACGAGCUUUCUAACAUGCAGAUCGAGUGCUUCAGAGCAGGGACAUAUUUAAGGUUUGAGUUCCAUGACGUUCCAUUUGAGAUGGUUAAAAAUCAUGAUCCCUGUCAGCCUAUUCUUGUUGGAGGCAUCACUGUUGAGGAAGCAAAAGUUGGAUAUAUGCAGGUGAAACUUGAGCCACAUAGUUGGCAUAUGAAGUUAUUGAAGUCAAAGGACCCUAUCAUUGUUUCAGUUGGUUGGAGGCGGUACCAGACAAGGCCUAUUUAUACGCUGGAAGAUUGCCAUGGCAGAAAUCGAGUGCUGAAAUACACCCUGGAAGACAUGCCCUGUCUUGCAACGUUUUGGGGCCCUCUUGCACCUACCGGUACUGAACUUGCUGUUGUACAAAGUCUGGCAGAUAACAAGGCUGCAUUUCGGAUUUUAGCAAAGGCUCCUGUUCUUGAAUUUAACCAUGACAUAAAGAUAGUGAAGAAGCGCAAGCGGAUAGGAACUCCAUAUAAGAUAUUCAAGAAAACUGCUCUUAUAAAGGAUAUGUUCACAUCGGAUCUCGAAAUUGCUAAUUUCAAGGAUGCAAAAAUUCAGACUGCACGAGGAAUAUCUGGGAUGGUUGAUAAGCCUGCGGGGAAAAGUCUUACUCAUGGACUAGAAGGGAUUGCAAAAUGCACAUUUAAGCAUAAAAUUCGCAAGCGUGAUACCGUUUUCAUGCAUGUAUAUGAACAAGUUGAGGUUCCUCGCUUCUUCAACCCAAUAAUGAGAGGUCCAGAACCACCUGACCGUAUUUGGCAUUCUGUUGUUGAUACUUAUGAGCUUACUCGAGCUAGUGAUCUCUGUGUGCCUGCUAACUUGGAAUCUUACUACAAGAGGGAAAUCAAUCCCUUCCAUACCAGGGAUCUCGAAUUCUAUUCGAGGUGGCCACGUUUGAUGGUGGCACUAAGGCGUGCGACUUCGGAGGAAGACAAGCUAUCUAUAAAGCGCCAGAUUGAAGACUUCGAGAUUGUGCGCGAUGAGAGACGGAGAGAAAGGGAAUUAGAGGCCACUGCUCCAAGGCGCCAGACGGUUGAACAAGUUCGUGCUGUGCGUUUUAUUGAGAAACCGAAGGAUACCGAGAAACGGUUGGCAUUGAUGUCAGACGAAUCGUUGAGGCACUUAAGUGAAGGCUUGGUAAAGAAAUUCAUAGAAUAUGAGAAACAAAAACAGAAAGAGAAAGAGAGGCAUCAACUAUUACAGUGAUCAUCUGUAUAGUAUAAUAAUGGAAUUAGGAUGGCUAGCUCUAACUUGUUGGUUGACAUCUCUUAUCAACACUGCUAUUAACCUAUGAUUUCGUUUAUA